ACAUGAAUAAUUCAUGUGAAGAAGGGAGGGGCUGAGGUUUCGGCUCUGUCUGGUGUCGGAUCAGUCUUCAGGUUUUGAUCUGGAAAGCCAAGGACAUGGUGUGGGUGGAUGGCUGUCCGCAUGGACACACAGGGACCAGAACAAAACAUGGCUGGGAAACCUUUCCGGGCCACCUACAUCUGGAACAGCAUCAUUUCCAAUCUCCAAACUCAUGUUGAGGUGAAGCACAGGCGCCACAACCUGAAGUCCUACCAUGACUGCUUCCUGGGCUCAGAGGCUGUGGAUGUGGUUCUGUCACACAUCACCAUCAGCCGCUUCUUUGGUGAUGAGGCGGUGCCUCGUCAAAAAGCCGUCCGCCUCUGUCAGGUCCUCAUGGACUCUAAGGUGUUUGAACCAGUGGGGGUUAAAGUGUUUGGAAAGGAGAAGAAAAGGGACAAGUUUGAGGACAGCAGUGUCAGUCUGUACCGGUUCUUGGGUCCGGUAACCAGCUCCUCAUCGGCUCUGACCAACAGUAACUCUCAGUCCACCGGUACCAUGGAGAGCGGCUGUAGCUCACCUAACAUGAACCAGAGAAGCUGUACGCUAAACAAUGAAAGCCAAGACCUCCCCAGCUAUCAAACCCACUCCCCGAUAAAGAGAGAAAAGAUGUUGGAGGAAAUUCUGGGAAAUCUGAACCUCAGCGCUACCAUCACCCCCCAGAUGAGCCACCUCGGCCUCUCACAGGAGUGUUUGUAUGAAGUGUGGCACCAGCAGGCUAUGUCCAGGCUGCUGCAGGUCAUAGAGCUCCCCCUGCUGGAGAGCUUGUUAGAUGGCGAGGGAGCCUCUCGGGUCCCUCUGCCCUGCAGGGACCCUGACCCUGACCUGCUGUGUGGAACAAGCUACUUGGACAGAGAGGUUCUGAAAGCUUUUAGUGAAGCACAGGCUGAUGAGUGGAUGUCAGCAGCAGUUGACUGUCUGGAGUUUCUGCCUGAUGAGCUGGUGGUGGAGGUCAGUCGUGGUUUGGCUGCUUGUGGGGAUGAUCUUCUCCAGUGUAAGAGGUUGCUUUACCAGAUCCUGGUGAGGCAUUAUGGACAGACGCAGCGGCCACCUCUCCUAAUCAACUACGUCUUUGAUAUCCACUCUGGGAUCUCAGAACUUCUUGUUAACGGGAAGCUGGAACUAGCUUUAGAAGCACUGCAGCUGAGCCUGAGGCUGCAGGACUCCAGCAGUCGAGAGGAGCUCCGCAGGCUCCUGAGAUUCAUGGCCGCUGCAGCCAGACCGGAGGAGCUGAAGCUGCACACAGAGAUUGAGAACAGAAUGGCUGUGAAGAGGUCUUUCGCCAGCUCCAUUGUAUACAGCAGAAAGCUCUCAAAGGGAAAGGUGGACUUGAUGGUUCUGUUUAUGAUGGAUUACCACUGUGAUCUGUUUAAAAUUCCCAUCUCCUUGCACAAGAUGGUGAGUGAACGACUAAGGAAUAUUGUGAAGGGGAAGGAUCCUGACACUAUAACAGGUACAAUGUACUGCUCGAGGGUUAGCACUAAGGAGUAUUCAGAAAACGGACAGAAAACCACUAAAGAGGAAAUUCUUUCGCUACUGAGGACAAUCUAUGAGAACCCCAAAUUCUCCACAAAGGAGAAGAGGAGGCUGCUGGGACAGUUUUAUAAAGCUCAUCCGGAGAUUUUUAUUCAGUACUUUGGAGCUAAAUUAUCUAGUAUCAACAUGUUGUUGCAGUAAUAAUUAUGCAGCUAAAAAAAUAAUUUGUUAUAUAGAUGAAGGAUAUGAUCAAAUGACUGAGCGAGGAAUGUGACUUUUUUAUUUUAAUGAACUAGGAUUACUAAUUACUUAUUUAAGCUUUAUUUCUGGUGCAGGACACUAUGGAAAAAUUUAUUUUUUAAUAGAAAAAGAACAGUUUCUUCUGGAAGAGGAAACUAUUGUUUUAUAAGCUCUCAAGAUGCAACAUUUUUAGUUUAAUACCAUCAGAUGAAUCCUGCAGGCUGGUCGUUCGUGGAGGUUUUUCUGUAGCUUCAGAUCAAAAAAUGAUCUUAAAAGUCUCAUAUUCGGCUGUGGUAACAAUAGGGAGGUAAACAUACAUGUUUUGUUUGUUGCAAAAAAAAAAAUGAGAACAGAUGUUGAAGAGAGCUUUCUUUAAUGGAAAUCUCAGCCACGUUAUAGUGGUCUAUUCAGGGUUGAUUUAAAUGAAGUAAAAAUAACCCAUUGGCUUAAAGUUUUUCCAGCCAUUUUGAAACUGUAUAACACCUUGUUUGUGUUUUAUAUUGUCAGAGGUAGAUGUGAAGUUUUCAUGCAUUUUCAUUUGCAUCGGUUGCUAUGGUAAGACAAAUGGCAUCUGGUAUGCCGGGUAAUUUGUGCUCGCUGCUUGAUCAGUUGUAAACUGAUUCAUGGUGGGAUCAUUUAGAAAGAGAGCAGUUCUCUGCAGGUAAUGUUAGUAAAAAUUAAACUUGUGAAUCUGUUUCUGUGAAAUAAAAGAACUGUCUUACUUUG